AUGAAAAAAGUUGCCGAAAAUAAUGAUGAUGGUUUGAGAGAAACUUCAAUAAAUCCCCCAGAUCCUGAAAGGGGGAUGAACAAGCGCAGUGGGGUCGUUCGAUUUUUGAAUAACAAUUCGGCAAAAGAAGCCGAUCAAUCGAACGGAUCCAUUAAUAUAAUUGUAAUGAACGCUUCUGGUAUUGCAAAAGCAAACAUCAUUCAUAAAAAUCUUUCUGGUAUCGAUCGAUCAAUAUUUAAAAGAUCUUUGGUUGCGGAAGAAUAUGAAUUUCCAACAAACAUUCAAAUGAAAAUUGAUAAAUUAUAUCAUGGCUUAGCUUGUGCGAAUUUUUUAAAUUCUAUAGUUGAACAAAAUUUUUUAUUUAUUGAAGAUUAUAAAUAUCAAUUACUCGGGAUGUAUGAUCUACAAUCUAUGGAUUUAGAAUUGAAAUUUGAAAUAUCUCUUUUAAAAAAAGCGAAAAAUUCUAUUUUUUCCAUUUCAAAACAUGGCCAUUUGUUAGCAUACUAUAAUGGUAAUAGGUGUAUUACGAUCUAUUUAAUGGAAAAUGGACUUAAGGUUGCGAGGAAAGAAUUUGAUGAUGCAAACAACAUCCUUUUUAUUUCAUUUAUUGAAAAUGAUGAAAGAUUAUUCUUUAAUCAUCAUUCAAUCGUUUGUUCAAGUGGAAUAAUACUUGCAUCUAUAAAUGGAGUUGUAACCUCUGUGGUUCCUCCAAUUACCAUUAAUCAAGAUCAAAUAAAUACAUUGAAACAUGACUUUAAAACUACAGUUCAUAUUUGGAAGAAAAAGAAAUAUAAGUCUAAUACUAAACAAGUUUUAGAAUAUAUUUGGGUAAAUCCGAGUGACCAAAUGAUUAAAGUUGAUUCUUUAAAGAUUCGAAAUUGCGAAUUUUCUUUAGAUUUGUCAUGGCCUUCAGAGAUUUCCGCUAAUCCAGUCGUAGAAAAUAUUCAUUGGCCAAAUGAAGCUCAUAUCCUCAAAGACGCGUGCGUUGCUAUGGAGUAUCUACACAAACGAAGUGACAAAAUUAUAGGGCCGAUAAAUCUAUACAAAGAUUUGGUUGCAGGCACCGAAAAUCUCAUUAAAAAAUGUAUCAAAGAUAAUUCGAAUUUAUGGAGUUUGUCUGAAGUUCGAUAUGACAUUAUGGCCAAUAUCAUCCGAUCAAGGAAUUUGUCAUUGUUGCAUCAGAUAUUAUUCGUUUAUAAAGAUAAAACGAGAAUUAGUCGUUAUUUGCAUGUUCCAAGUCAAUACAAAUGGCCUAUGGAAAAGAAUAUAAGUGAUUUGAAGCUUGCUAUUGAACAAUCUUCAGGUGAAAAUCGUAUGGAUAAAACUAUCGUAGUAAUGUUACUCGAAUACUAUUCAAAUAAUGCGGAAAAAGAUACCGGUUGGAUGUUUACAUUGACAAAGGCUCUCCCUUUACUUAACAAUCGUAAUUUUGGAUAUAAAUCGGAAAUUUGUUCAUUAAAUGUGAGACCACGACUCUUAUUGAAGCAAAAAGAGUCUACAUUGUGGGAUACAUUUAAGUCGAAGAAUCUUAAAAGAAGAUCAAAGUUAACAGAGGAAGAGGUUACGCAUGUAACGGCAGUACGCUAG